AUGGGCGGCGCGAGGCCGACGAAGAAACAGACGUUCAUCAACAAGCUUCGCACGCCGCUGCAGAUCGUGCUCACGUUCGUCGUCGGCCUGCUCAUGCCGUUCGGAUUCUACCUCGUGUGCGACGCGGGUCUCGGCAUCGACAUCGCGCCGUACUGCUACAUCGCGGUCGUCGUCAUGCUCGUUCUCACGGCCACCAUCGUGUACAUCGAGUGCUUUCUCGCGCUCUUUCUCGCGAAAGACCCGCCCGACGAGCCCGCCGCGCCGUACCCGCCCGCGUCGGCCAUUAUCGCGGCGUAUUUGCCCAACGAGGCGGACACGAUUCUGGAGACUAUCGAGGCGUUUCUUCAGAUCGAGUAUCCAGGACCAUUGCAGGUCAUCCUGGCGUACAACACGCCGCGCGACAUGCCCGAGAUGGAGACCAUUCUCGCGGAAAUGGCGCGACAACGCCCGGACCGCUUCCUGGCGUACCGCGUCGUGCACUCGCGCUCCAAGGCCGAGAACGUGAACGCGGCGACGAAGCUCAUCCGCGGCGAGUUCGUCGGCGUGUUCGACGCGGACCAUUGCCCGAACCCGGAUUCCUUCAUGCGCGCGUGGCGCUGGCUCAGCCACGGCUACGACAUCGUGCAAGGACACUGCCUCGUGCGCAACGGGGAGGAUAACUGGGUCGCGCAGGCGGUCGCCGUGGAAUUCGAGACGAUCUACGCCGUCGGUCAUCCGGGAUCGGAGAUAAUACACGGGUUCGGAUUCUUCGGCGGAUCAAACGGGUUCUGGCGAUCAGGGUUGCUAGCGCAAAUCGGAAUGGAUGGGUCUAUGCUCACGGAAGACAUAGACUCGUCUAUCCGCGUGCUUCUCGCGGGCGGGAGGAUCAAAUCCGAUCCAGGAUUGAUGUCUUCCGAGCUCGCGACGACGACGCUGCGGCAGAUCUGGAACCAGAGAUUGCGGUGGGCGCAAGGGUGGUUCCAGGUGUCCAUGCGCCAUUUCUUCUCCGCCAUGGCUUGCCGGAAUCUGUCCGCCUUCCAACGGUUAGGGUUGUUUCACCUGUUCAUCUGGCGGGAGAUCUACCCGUGGAUCUCGAUGCAGAUCCUGCCGUUGCUGGCGUUUAUCUGCUACAAAGCGAACGGAUUCGGCGGGAUAAACUGGCUGGACGCGGUGUACAUGUGCACGACGAUCUUUACGUUCCUGUGCGGGCCCGUGCAGCUGCUGUUCGCGUUUCUGAAGGGCAGCCGCACGGUGCGGAAGCACGGGAACUGGUGGCUGAUGUACCUGGUGUUCGCGACGCUGUUCUACACGGAGUUUAAGAACGUGAUCGCGCGCGUCGCGCACGUGAAGGAGUUCAUGGGGGAGAAGGCGUGGAUGGUGACGCCGCGCAUGGUGUCCAUGCACAGGCAAGCGCUGGCGGAGCAGCGGAAGCGAGACAUCCGCGUGAUGGUCGGAUGA